AUGAAAUUCGCCUCGCUGAAAUCACUCACCAACAUGGCCUUCAAUCAAUCCGAUUCCUCGUCCACGAAAAGUGCGCUGUCCACCCCCGAAGCGGCGAUCUUGGAAGCUCUCAUACCAGGGUACACGUUCAUCUCUGGCAUUCUUCUAUCCUACCUGCACAUUGAUCUGGCAGCAUACCUCCAAUAUAUCAUUUUGCUGGCCUUGGUGGUGGUGGCCAGCCAGUAUCUGUGGCGCUAUCUGUCCUUCUGGUUCGAAAAAUAUCUGGUGUCAACGGCCGAAGUGCGCCUUGAUGAUGAAGUCUUCAAUUAUCUCAUGUACUGGUGGUCCCGUCGACCUCAAAUCAAGCGGUCGAGCCGCUUUCUAGCUGGAGUCCGGUUCAACAGCUACUGGAGUAUCCAUGACGAUUCGGACUGCGAGGAUUCCGACUACGAAGAGGAGGACUCGGCGAGUGACGAGCAGGCCUCGUCAUCCCCCGUGUCCUUUGAUGAAUACUGGACUCGGGUCAUCAACCGGGACAAGUAUAAACGCAUGCGCUUCACGCCUUCCCAGGGUCGGCACUACUUCUGGUACCAGGGUCGUCUGCUGAUUCUGGACCGGCGCUACGAGCAGUCUCACUCACGAUGGUCAUUAAACAACGAGAAGCUCUACCUGUCCUGUUUGGGCCGGGACCCCUCGGUCUUGCAUAAGCUUCUGGCCGACGCGCAACGAAAGUUCGUCGAGCGAGAUGGAAGUCGCACCAUCAUUUAUCGCGGUCAACGGAGCUCUUCCGCAAGCUCGCUCGAGUGGAAUCGAUGCAUGUCCCGGCAGCCACGCCCGCUGGACACGGUCAUUCUGGACGACACGCAAAAGCGGGUCUUCUUGACCGACAUUGAAGAGUAUCUCCGCAAAGGUACAGCCGCAUGGUACGCCGAACACGGCAUUCCCUAUCGUCGUGGAUAUCUCCUCUCCGGACCUCCAGGCACCGGCAAGUCCAGCCUCUGCUUCGCCGUCGCAGGACGACUCGGACUCAAAAUCUACCUGCUCAGCCUGAGUUCGCGCAAUUUAGACGAGGACAAUCUAUACGCAUUGUUCUCCGAACUUCCCCGUCGAUGCAUCCUGCUCGUCGAAGAUGUAGACGCCUCCGAGAUCACCCAUAGUCGUGGACGACCCAGCCGGUCCGCCCUCGAACCGAACGACAGUGAAACCGAACGUCUGCCCGCACAACUUUCCCAAACAGCCCCCUCGGAUCUGAAUGGCGCCGAAGUAUCGGGGGACAAGAUGGCACGCGAGGGCAUCACCCUGUCCAGUCUAUUAAACGUCCUCGACGGCGUAGCAGCAAGUGAAGGCCGAAUCCUCGUGAUGACCACCAAUCAUCCUGAAAAACUAGACGAGGCUCUUCUUCGCGCAGGCCGGAUCGACAUGCACAUCGAGUUCAGACUGGCCAUCACCGAGGACAUCGAGAAACUGUACAAGUCAAUCUAUUCCAUUUCCAAGAGUGACCGACUCCACCGGACGUCUCGAAAACAGAAUCCGUCUAGGGGUUGUGCACAGAACGGCUCGCGCUCGAGCUCGAGCUCGGCCGGUCUUGCGAACGAUGCAAUCCCGGCUGGUCCGGAAUCAGACCCUCGAUGCGCGCAGGGGUGUAUCAAACACGACUGCGAAAAACGCAUCCAUAAGCUGGAAUCUCGGAUUGCGUCCCUAGCGCAAGAGUUUGCGUCGCGCGUCCCCGGUGGGGUAUUCUCGCCGGCUGAAAUCCAGGGAUAUUUAUUGAAGCACAAAGAUCGUCCAGAGAGGGCACUCGAGGAAAUCAAAGAGUGGGUGGAAGAAGAGACGAAGAAGAAGAAUGCCAAGAUGGCGGCGAAACUCAAAGCUGAGGAAUCACUCCGUGUGAAGGGGAAGGUUUAA